AUAAUUGCUAACAUUUUUUUUUGGACAAAAAACUGAGAACCAUAAAUUUCCCCGUGAAUUGGAGAAGGAAUUUUCUCAACUUUAUUUCCCAUUUUGAAUCCGUUAAUUCUUGCCACGAUUCAAAGAUUUCCCCCUCUUUUUUCGUGACUGUAAUACUAUAUCGUGUGACCAAUGGAUAUGAGAAUUGAGAAAUAUUCCUUUCAAUCUUUACAGAUUCAUAUAUUCCAAACGAAUUUGUUCUCUAAAUCACUAGUAGUUUUCUUCAUCAUAUAUCAAAUUCGCCUGUUUGGCAAUAUAUUCGCCUGUUAGGCUCAUUUUGGCCUUUGGGAACUUGCUGAUCAGUAGCACACACAGAGAUGACCAGUUCCAGAAAGAUUGAAGUAUUGUUUGAAGAUCAUAACCCCAAGAAAUGGUGUGUUCCAUUGAAAGAGGAUGUUUUUAUAGCAUUCACGGAGAAGGGAAAUCAUGUAGUAGCUGCUCAACAAGUCUUCGGGCAAGGUUCACUGUUUAAUCCAUUGUUGUUUGGGAAAUUCUUUGAUCCUUCUGAUGCUUUUCCGAUCUGGGAAUUCGAUGCAGAUGUUCUCUUGUCCAGUUCCACUUCUGCUUCCGACUCCGGUGAUAAAAGAUCAGUCGAUUGGAAACAAACGGAUUCGCACUAUGUUUUAACAGCCGAUUUACCAGAAGUGGGUAAAAAUAGCAUUCAAGUGUGUGUUGAAGGAGGUAAGAUUGUGGAGAUUUGUGGGCAGCGGAUGCUACAGGUUAAAGAUUCCAGGGUAAAGGAUUGGAGAGGAAGCAAUUGGUGGGAAUAUGGAUUUGUUCGCCGGAUUGAAUUGCCUGAAAAUGCCGACUGGAGGAAUGUGGAAGCAAGCGUGAUUAGUGAUAAGCUCUUAGAGAUAAGCAUCCCUAAGAAUUCUUGAAACAAAAAGUUUUAUGAUUCCAUCAAAUUUUGUCAACUAUACCGUGAAUUGCCUACCUUUAUACUUACGAGCCUCUUAAUACGUUUUUAGUUUUGUUGAUGAUUGUAUAAAGUUUUAAUUUUUCGAAUCGGUUUAGAAUUGAGAGUGACAAUUUGUGACACGAUACGAAUCUAACUUGAAAAUUCGUAACUAGUUGUGAAUAAGAUAUUAGUAUGACUUACUGUAUUUCUUCCAUAGAUAACAAGCUAAACAUCUUCUUAUGGAUACAAAGAAUUUUUACACAAAAUAUAAUCAGUACACCAGAAGGAAAGGGGUAAUGAAAAUCAUCAAAGAUUUUUUUUCUCAAUGUUCUAUAACUAAUCUGAACUAUUCUGAAGUUUUUGUGUAUGGAGUUUUUCUUGGCUGGCUGCUGAGAACUGAGAAGUAUUGGACUGAGAUAAAAGCCAGCAGACUGAAGUCCGUUUAUUCUAGGACCAAUACAAAGUUGCUAAUUGAGAUGGGCCUUCAAAGACUGAAGUCCGUUUAUUCUAAGAUGGGCCUUCGCGUCCAAGAGCACUAGACUCGAAUUUGGGAUAUCAUGUUUUCAGCCUUCCAAAGUCCAAACCGAAAUGCAGCAUGUUUAAUUAUUGACUUGAUUAGUCCCAAAUAAUAUCUCCAAACAAAAAUCAAUGCUUGAGACUGCAUUCCUCC